GCGAGACCGGAGGGCGGGGUCACGCGCCGCUCGGCACCACAGCGGAAGAAAAUGGCGGCUGUGGCUGCAGAGCCAGGAGCUGCGGCGGUUCCGACAACAUCAGCGACCGCGGACGAUGAGGGUCGUCCGGAACUCGGUCCGGGCGGUACAGGGCAUCUGGGGGCGGCGGCGGAGCCCGACAACCCGGCCGCGGAGCUGUUCGUUCCGCGGAUGGAGGAUGGAGCGGACGGAGAGAGCCGCCAUGUCAGGCCGGAGCUCGAGACCACGGCGGGAAAAGCGCUGCCCGAGAGCGACCUCCCGCUAGACCGGGUCAGCUUGGACCGGUUCUCUCCCGGACUGCCAGGGGACCCAGACGGCGGCGGGACUUACCGCAGCAUCCUGCCGGAUACGCAGCCCUACGCCGUCUUCCUGCACUCCUUUCCGGACCCCCCGCCCGUCACCGAGGCCGGCCUUUCUCUGGCCGAACCGGCUGAACCGACCACCAACGUGACGACAAACCGAGCCGAAACCAUGGACCGAGACCGGGCUUAUACGGCUCUGAUCCAGGCGGAGCUGCGGCCUGGGCCCGGAGAAGACGGUACCGCAGACCGCCUGUCUGUCCGGGCUGGUCUGGACCCUGAUACCGGGUACUGUAAAAUCUCAGGUGGGGCGGAAGAAAAGGCGGGCCGCGGCCUGCAGGAGGAAUCCUCUAGAACCGAACCCGUCCUGGACCUGAAUCCUGGUUCCGAGGUCCGGGUUUUCCUGGACCACGUGAUCGAUGACGCGCUGGUGGUGUCUUUCCGGCGGGGGGAGAAGGUGUUCUCAGGUGUCCUGAUGGACAUCUCCAAGAGGUUUGGACCUUACGGUAUUCCCAUCACGGUGUUUCCCAGACGUGACAACCAGACCGGACCUCCCACUUCUCUACAGCUGGUUGCAGGAGGCGACGACCCGUCCAUCAAACAGGAGGAGACAACCGCCACCUCUUUGUCCCCGCCUCCUCAGUCUCCUCAUUCCUGGACCUCCAAACUGCCGCCACUGUUCCAGGAAGGAGCACCGUACCCGCCACCCCUGCUCAUCAGAGACACCUACAACCAGGCUUUACCUCAGCCGCCGCCACGCAAGAUCAAGCGGCCAAAGCGCCGCUAUCGCUGCGAAGAGCCCACCUCCAUCAUGAACGCCAUCAAGCUACGCCCCCGCCAGGUACUGUGUGACAAGUGCAAAGGUGUGGUGGCAUCAGGCGGGUACAGAGAGGCUCGGCGUGGCGCGGUGGACCUGAGGAGCGAGGAAGCGUCGCGGCGGCGGCGGGCGCCAGAAGGACCCAUCUCCUCCGAGCUGAAACGCCUGAGAAAUGAUGACAAACCAGCUCGUCCGGCCGCAGAUAGACGCUCGUCGUCGGGGAUACGGGUGUCAUCCACAGCACCACCCUCCUCCCGCAGUGUCCUGAGGGGCAGGGCUUCAUCAUCAUCAUCAUCUUCCUCAUCCGGCCGCGUCCGUCUGAAGCUGAACUCUAAGAAGGUUCAGAACAAAAGUUCUGCCUUCGAGCGCUCCAAAGCCCGACAGGUCCUCAACAAACUGGCCACGCAGCCGCCGCAGGACCAGAACCAGGACCAGAACCAGAACCAGGACUGUCCCAAGGCCAUGACCCGGGCCGCUGCCCUGCAGAACCACAACCAGAAGGUCCACUUCACCCGCCGCCUCCAGCGUCUGAGCGGCGCCGCCAUCAGCGGACACACGGGCCUGCCAGCCAGAAUCCGUCUCAAACCUCAAAGGUACCGUACCGACGAGGCGCCACACUCCUCCUCCUCUUCAUCACCAACCAAACACAGUGUGCGGUUAGCUCCGCCCACACUUCCUCCAAGUCCCACCCCCUUAGUUACAGCUCCUCCCACCUCUGCUAUCUGUGUUGCCGUGGAAACGCAGAAGACUCACACACCUGAGGAGGAAGGGGCGGAGCAAAGAGAAGCUCCUUCUUCCGCCUCUUCCUCCUCGGACUCUUCCCAUUCAGAGUGCAGCUCCACAGAGACCUUUGACCCCCCCCAUCCUGAAGACCCUCCACCUUCUGUUCCUGCACCUUCCUCACCUCCCUCCUCCUCCUCGUUAGCCCCUCCCUGCCCCCCUUCUUCCCCUUCUGUCCUCCUCAGAACUAGCGGUGAGGAUGAGGAAGAUGGCGGGGAGCUGAAGAGGCGUCGGAAGUCGUCCACCUCCUCCUUCUCUUCGUCUUCAUCGUCCUCUUCCGUAUUCUCCAAGUCAGUAUCAAAAGUCCCGCUUCCAGACGGCCGCAUUGUCUGCGUUGGCGACAUCGUCUGGGCGAAGAUCUACGGCUUCCCGUGGUGGCCAGCGCGCGUGCUCGGCAUCACGGUGGCGCGGCGCGGCGACACGGGGCUGGCGGUGCGGCAGGAGGCUCGCGUGUCCUGGUUCGGCUCGCCCACCACCUCCUUCCUGCCGCUCACGCAGCUGUCGCCGUUCCUCGAGACUUUCCAGCUCCGCUUUGACAGGAAGAGGAAAGGCCCGUACCGCCGCGCCAUCGCCGAGGCCGCCAGCGCCGCCAAGCAGCUGACGCCCGAAGUCCGUGCACUGCUCACGCAGUUCGAAACAUAGCCUAGGCCCCGGCCAUACAGACACACCCACCUUUACAGGAAGUGGGAGGAGCUGAAACCUGACAGAUGGAGGAUGGAGGGGGAGGAGCCUCUGGGUUACGUGUCAGCGUUAAGGGGGCAGGGUUUAUCAGGUGUCAAUCACAGCGUUUCAGGACCCCCCCCCCCCCGCUUAGACAUGUGUGACAUCAUCAGUCUGUUCGAACAGACGAACAACUCAUACUUUCUGAUGAUUGGCUGACAGUGUGACAUCAUGGUUAUGUCACAUUUACAUGAGUCAGCAGAAAUAAACAGCUGCUCAUAUGUUUGUUGUGAUUAUACGGCUCACCACGAUUGGUCCAGAGGUGGUGGUCUGAAACGCUGGGAAAUUAUAAUCUGACCGAUCCAGGUUCUGUCAGGUCCGGGUCCUGAGGGGUCCAGGUCCUGUAGAGUCCUAGUCCAGUCACGUCCAGGUCCUUUGGGAUCUGGGUCCUGUCAGGUCCGGGUCCUGUGGGGUCCUAGUCCUGUCAGGUCCAGGUCCUUUGGGAUCUGGGUCCUGUCAGGUCCAGGUCCUGUGGGGUCCUGGUUCUGACGGGUUCUGCUAAAGACUGUUUUUCUAGAAGUUUUGUUCAGAAACACUAACUGUGAAUCAAAGUGUUGUCCAAAGUAAGGCCGGAGGUCCAAACAAGGUCAGACUCACCACAAGUCCAGGGUUCUGGUCAGGUUCUGCUGUGAUCAGGUGUUUGAUCCUGAGCAGAGGUCAUGAGCAGACGGACAGGUAGGACACACUGACGACGAUGAUGAUGAUGAUGAAGGUGGAUUUUCCCUCUCUGCUGUCGGACUCUUUUUCCCGUCUGUUUGCAGACCCAGUUCUGAUCCGAGUGUACAUGUUUUUCUCCUGAUUUAAAAUCUGUUAAUAAACUGUCAAACUGUCUUUGAAUCCUCGUCCUCGUCAUUUUCUUCUUCUGUGGUGGUUUACAGUUGGACUGCUGCCUUGCUCAGCGGCACGCCAGCUGCAAACAGAUGUUUGGUAAAAGGGUCUGCAGAGCUGCUUCUACCAGAAAUCCCAGCAACUUAGUCCAGUCCGCUCUGGUCUGGUCCAGUCCAGUUCAGUCCACUGAGAUUUUCAGUGAUUUUAGAGAUGAACUCGCCUGUUGCUGAUUUCAGGUAAAAACACUUCUGGUCUCCAGAGUGGGAAAAUACCAGCAGAACCCUGAAGUUCCAAUCAGGUCCCGGUCCUGGUCUUGGUUCCGGUUCUGAAAACACCAGGUUAACUACUGCAUGUUA